AGAUGGCACCGGCCUGAGAAUCACCUGUGCGGCCGCUCUAUCUCGGUUCCGGGUUCGUUCUUCCCAGUGGUGGCGGCGUCGGAGGGGAAUGCGAAGGCUCGGUAUUCUGACCCGUUUCGGGACCCAUCUCUCCGGUGUCCCAGGGACCUGACCCCAGAAGAUUGUGGUGUGUAGUGGCCACAGCCUCACGCGGGAAGCCCCAGUAGUUGGUGUCCAGAGGGGGGCGAAGAGGGGAGCGGAGCCCAGACCCUCGCCGCCUCCUCGCCCGCCGCCCUCCUGCAGAUCUCUUUGGUGUUGAGGAGGAGCUGCAGUACUUCCCUAUAGCACAAGGGAUGGGAUCAGAGAACAGUGCUUUAAAAAGCUAUACGCUGAAGGAACCCUCAUUUACCUUACCCUCUGGCCUUGCUGUUUAUCCUGCUACAUUGCAAGAUGGCAAAUGCGCUUCAGUGUUCGUAUAUAAGAGAGAAAAUGAAGACAAGGUUAAUAAAGCCGCCAAGCACUUAAAGACACUUCGUCACCCCUGCUUGCUAAGAUUUUUAUCUUGCACUGUGGAAACAGAUGGCAUUCAUCUUGUCACUGAGAGAGUACAGCCUUUGGAAGUGGCCUUGAAAACACUGUCUCCUGCAGAGGUCUGUGCUGGAAUAUAUGAUAUACUGCUGGCUCUUAUCUUCCUGCAUGACAGAGGUCAACUAACACAUAAUAAUGUCUGCUUAUCGGCUGUGUUUGUGAGUGAAGACGGGCACUGGAAGCUAGGAGGCAUGGAAACUGUUUGCAAAGUUCCUCAGGCCACACCAGAGUUUCUGAGGAGUAUUCACUCAGUGAGAGACCCAGCAUCUAUCCCUCCUGAAGAAAUGUCUCCAGAAUUUGCAACUCUUCCAGAGUCCCAUGGACAUGCCCGGGAUGCAUAUUCAUUUGGAACACUGGUGGCAAGCUUGCUCACGGUCUUAAAUGAGAAGGUUUCAGCGGAUGUUCUCUCCAGCUUUCAACAGACCUUGCACUCAGCUUUGCUGAAUCCCAUUCCAAAAUGCCGGCCAGCGCUCAGCACCUUAUUGUCCCACGAUUUCUUCAGAAAUGAUUUUCUAGAAGUUGUGAAUUUCUUAAAAAGCUUGACAUUAAAGAGUGAAGAGGAAAAAACUGAAUUCUUCAAAUUUCUGUUGGACAGGGUCAGCUGCUUAUCAGAGGAAUUAAUAGCUUCAAGACUGGUGCCUCUUCUGCUUAAUCAGCUGGUGUUUGCAGAGCCAGUAGCUGUUAAGAGUUUUCUUCCUUAUCUACUAGGUCCCAAAAAAGAUAAUGCACCAGGAGAAAACCCUUGCUUGCUCUCGCCAGCCCUGUUCCAGUCGCGGGUUAUCCCUAUGCUUCUCCAGUUGUUCGAGGUUCAUGAGGAGCAUGUGCGGAUGGUGUUGCUGUCCCACAUUGAGGCCUAUGUGGAACACUUUACUCAGGAGCAGCUGAAGAGAGUCAUCUUGCCACAGGUAUUGCUGGGCCUGCGUGAUACCAGCAACUCCCUUGUGGCAAUCACCCUUCGCAGCCUAGCAGUGCUGGUGUCUCUACUUGGACCAGAAGUGGUUGUGGGAGGACAAAGAACCAAGAUCUUCAAACGCACUGCACCAAGUUUUACUAAAACUACUGACCCUACUCCAGAAGGUUCUCCCAUGCACACUGUCUGCAGCCAGCACAGUCACAUCUCACAAGUCUUGGAGAACCCCUCCUCUAAUGUAUUCUCCAAGUGUUUCCUUUCUGGCACCAUGUCCAUCAACAGCAAGCAGCAUAUACAGCAAGAUUACUACAGUGCUCUUCUACAGACAGGUGAUCAGUUUUCUCACUCUAUUAAAUUCCCCAUGAAUGGACUCUCAGAUGUGAAAAGUACAUCAGGGGACAGAGAAAACUUAGGCACUAAAAAGUCCGAGGAAUGGCCUGACUGGAGUGAGCCUGAGGACUCUGAGAACCAAGCUGUCAAUAUUGAGAUUUGGCCCAGAGAACUGGGUGCCACCAGGUCACAGUGCACUGAGCUCUGUGUUGAAGAAGAAUCCUGGGAUAAAUGUGAACCCAGCUUAGGUACUAAUGUAAACCAAGGAGCUGAGAUCUCUGCUGCCAUGCCUGUUACCCCCGGGGAGCAGAAGCCCACUCCUGCUUUGCUUCCACUCACUGAAGACACUCGGCCUUUAAAAACUAGUCAUGUGCAGAAUGAGGACAAGCCAGGCCAAGCCAAGUCACCAAAAGUGUUGUCACAAGAAAGGCCUCUCAGGGCUCGAUCAGAACUUGGUUUAGGAGAAGAGUUUACCAUACAAGUAAAAAAGAAGCCAGUCCACGAUCCUGAGUUGGACUGGUUUGCUGAUAUGAUCCCAGAAAUUAAACCUUCAGCUGCUUUUCUUAUCUUACCUGAACUGAGGACAGAAAUGGCAGUCCCUAACAAGGAUGACAUCUCCCCAGUGAUGCACUUUUCCUCAAAAUUUGCUGCAGCAGAAAUGACUGAGGGAGAGGCUGAAGGCUGGGAAGAAGAAGGAGAGCUGAACUGGGAAGAUAGUAACUGGUGACAAAGGGUGUGAGCUCAACUUUAGGAAGGAUUCCUUUAAAGAAAACUAAUACCUCAUAAAGCAGGCUGUGUGGACAAGAAAACCCCAAAGCAACCUGUUUUCCAACACCAGGAGCUCUUUUUGCAGUCUGUGCCAACAAGUGUGAGACCAACCUCAGGUGCUAGCUGAAUGCCCCAGGUGGUCAGGAGGCUUGGAGGCUUGCUGUACUGGUUUCUAGGGGGCAUAGCCAUGAAGAGCAAGUAACUAAGGGAAGUGCUUUUUCCAGGACAAUUAGGGAAGUAAAGAAAAUAUUUUUAAAAAUCAGGCUGGUUAGGUUAAUUCUGUGCCACUUCUGUAAAAAUAGGAAGAGUAAGCUAUUGUGAAAUAUAACUUACUAAAAAAAAUAGUUGUAAAUUAUAACUUUCAACUGCUAAGGUUUCCAUAUUUAUUUGUUUACAGUUGUACCAUCUGAGUGAAAGGUCCUUUGUGGGCUUGGCAAUUACUGGCUGUUUCACAUGUAUUACACUGUACCAAAGUUCUUAAUGAGACAUACCCCUUAAUACUAUUUCUCUAAAUGUCAAAUAAAGACUAUUUUCACAUUUA